GACUUUCUAGGACGUGUUUUAUGCCACUUCUUUUUCUGUCUCAUUUUGUCCACCACACUUUUAACGUUGUGCGUGAAUACACAAAGUGAACAUGGUUGAUUGGAGGUUCUGGGCUCUCCCCUGGAUUUCUUCCCCCGCCAAGCUCACCUGUGCUGCCGCCUCCUGGACGGCCGUGCAUCGCUGCGUGCGUGUGUGCGCACGGAGUGAGCGAGUCGACCGCGCUCGGCUCAUAAGUACACGGCCACUCUGCUCGGCGCCUUCAAAGCACGCACAGGGGAAGCGGGGUCCAAAUGGCGAGCACCGCACCUCCGCCAUCGUCACUACCGCCGCUGCUCCUCCGGCUUCUCCUCGCCGGGCUCGCUCUCACGCGAACCGCGGAGCCGCUGCGGGCCGAGCGGGGAGGGGACGAGGGGACGCCCCGUGGCGGCGAGGGCCACCACGCGGCGGAGACGCCGUGCGAGAUCAAGACCGUCACCGUCUCCACGCUGCCGGUUCUCCGGGAGAACGAGUUCAGCUUCACCGGUGUCGGAGCCGCCGGGAGCGCGGUGGGAGCAGGGGAAGUAGGAAGUAGUGUCGCCGGAGCAGGUGGCACCGCGGGAGGAGGACCAGGAGGAGGGGAGUCGCGGCUCUUGUUGUUCGUCAGGACGGAUCUACCUGGGAUGAUUUCCGUCAUGGAUGAUCUCGACAACACGGCUCUUCCUUACUUCACUCUCGAGAUGGCAGGAACGGAGGAGGGCAUUUCUCAGGUGCACUGGAAGCAGCAGUGGUUGGAGAACGGGACGCUCUACUUCCACGUGUCCGUCACCGAAUCGGAGCAAGUGGCCCAAACGACGCAAGCCUCGGCGCGGGAACCGGCCCACGUGCUGCACGAACACAUGCACCUGCUGCACAUCUCCGUUAUGGGAGGCCUCAUCGCCCUGCUCCUUCUCAUUCUCCUCUUCACCCUCGUCCUCUACACCCGCCACCGAUGGUGCAAGCGCCGGCGCAUCCCCCAGAAGAGCGCCAGCACGGAGGCCACCCACGAGAUCCACUACAUCCCCUCGGUCCUGCUCGGGCCCCAGGGGCGGGACAGCUACCGGGGCUCGCGGGGAACUCACCAGCACAGCGGCUCCGUUAUCGGCGUGCCCAUACGGGAGACGCCCAUCCUCGACGACUACGACUGCGACGACGACGACCCGGUGGGACGCUCGUUGAACUCCACCCCCAACCAGCUGCACAGCAAACUGAGCGACGGGAAGAUCCAGGAGGAUUACGGGGUCGGGAUGGGCUACGGAGGACACGCCGACAUCAAGCAGGAGGAGUUGAUGCACAAUCUGGACAAACGAGCCCUUGACCCAAACAGGGAGGCGGUGGAGGAUUUGAUGCAGAGGUUCCAGGACAGCUUCCGCAUUCCUAAAACAUCGCCGGACCUUUCCCACUACCAGCACGUCAUCCACAGCUCGUCUACCGGCCGCCGCAGGGUCCCCAGCCACACCCGAGCAACCGGUGGCGUGUUCGGUCCUCAAGGAGAAUCGGGGUCGGAGCCGGAAGACGACAGCCAAAUGAAGUUUUACACCGAGCAGCACAGAGGACGGCGGCGCAGCAAAGGCCACCCACACAGUCCGCUGAACAAGGUCACCCUGACAUUGAUCACCAUCAGCACCUGUGUCGUCGCCAUUGUCUACGCCACGCAGGAUUCCUGCCCACUCACUGUCAAGGUCACGCUCCACGUGCCCGAGCACUUUGUUGCAGAUGGAAGUAGUUUCGUGGUGGCCAUGGGCGGCUUCCUGGAUGUUUCCAACUGGUUGAACCCGGCCAAACUCAUCCUGUACUAUCAGACCAAUUCGUCCACGCAGUGGGUCCGGGAUUACUGCGGACAGAGGACCACCGACCCCUGCGAACAGAUCUGUGACCAGGACACAGGAGAAUGCAGCUGUCAUGACGGCUAUUCCCCGGAUCCUGUCCAUAAACACCUGUGUGUUCGCAGUGACUGGGGUCAGAAUGAAGGGCCUUGGCCGUACGCUAACUUGGAGAAAGGCUACGACCUAGUUACCGGAGAACAAGCCCCAGAGAGGAUCUUCAGAUCACUCUACAGUCUGGGUCAAGGCUUGUGGCUGCCGGUCAGCAAGAGCUUUGUGGUGCCGCCGGUGGAGCUGUCCAUCAACCCCAUCGCCAGCUGCAAGACCGACGUGCUGGUAAUCGAAGAUCCAGGGGAGGUCAGAGACGAAGCCAUGAUGUCUACAUAUUUCGAGACCGUCGAGGACCUGCUGGCAUCUUUCGGGCCGGUCCGGGACUGCUCCCAAGACAACGGCAACUGCAAGAAGAAUUUCAAGUGUGUGACGGACCGUCGAUUGGACUCUUCGGGCUGCUUGUGUCCUAAUGGGCUCAGGCCGAUGAAGGAUGGCUCCGGUUGCUAUGACUACUCCAGGGGCAUCGACUGCACGGACGGCUUCAACGGCGGCUGCGAGCAGCUUUGCCACCAGCAGCUCGUACCUCUCGAAGACCAGCCCGGAUCCAACAACGUGCUCAUGUACUGCGGGUGUGUGCAGGAGUACAAACUGGCAGCGGACGGGCGUUCCUGUCUUCUGCAGUCAGACAACUGCGAGGGGCCCAAAUGUCCGCGGAAGGCGGCUCACUUUAACGACACUUUGUUCGGGGAGAUGCUGCACGGGUACGACAACAAAAGCCAGCAGGUCAACCUGGGACAGAUCUUCCAGAUGACUUUCAGAGAUAACAACUUCAUUAAGGACUUCCCCCAGUUAGCUGACGGCCUCAUGGUUCUUCCUCUACCGGUGGAGGAACAAUGCAGAGGAGUGUUGUCUGAACCGCUGCCAAACCUGGACCUCCUCACAGGCAACGCUAAGUUCAAUGAGGCAGCAGGCUAUCCAAUGGUUCAACAGUGGCGAGUGCGCAGCAAUCUGUACAAAGUCAAGCUCAGUUCCAUCACGUUGGCCUCAGGUUUUGCAAAGGUUCUUAAGACGCUGUCAGGGGCGAGCACACGCGAGGAGCUGUUGGCCCUCCUCCAGCAACACGGCAGCCACUACGUGUCGGAGGCGCUGUACGGCUCCGAGAUCAACUGCACGAUCUACUUCCCCAGCAAGAAGGCCCAGCAGCAGCUGUGGCUACAGUACCAGAAAGAGGCAACAGAUCAAGGGGUUGGCGGAAUUGGCGGUGGGCGUCACGAGUUGAAGGCGGUGCCCUUCAUCAGCUACCUGACGGCGCUGCAGAAGACCCAGCUGUUGUCCAACGACGUAGUGAACGGCGUAGAGAUUCGAUGCGAGGAAAAGGGUAGCUGUCCGUCCGGAUGCCACCUGUGCCACCACCAGGUCACGGCAGCGGGGCCGGCGGCAGGCAGAGGCCGGGCCGGUAACGGCAGGGGCGGCGAGCAGCCUUCGCCCAUCCCUGUGCUGUUGGAAGUCAGCCGUGUGGUGCCCCUCUAUAACCUGGUGCAGGAUAACGUCACCAAAGAGGCCUUCAAGAGCGCCGCGAUGAGCUCAUACUGGUGUGGCGGAAAGGGCGACGUCGUUGAUAACUGGUGUCGCUGUGACCUGAGUGCCAUCACCAGAGACGGCCUGCCCAACUGCAGUCCCCUCAGGCAGCCGGUUUUACGCCUGGCCCCCUACCUGGAGCCCUCAAGCACGAUGGUAGCCCUUGAGUGGUUGGAUGUGGAGCCCCUGAUUGGGUGCAAAGUUUCUGACUACAUCAUCCAGCAUAAACGGGUGGAGGACCCCUCGGAGGCUGAGAUAUACACAGGUGAAGUGUUGAGCUUGCUGGACGAUCUCUUCUCCGGUUUGGGUUCGUCCUGCGUGGUACCCGGCAAGAGGAGUGGCGAACAUCCCCACGCUCUGCUUUAUUCUGUCGUAUUCAAGUGCCUGGAGCCUGACAGUCUCUACAAGUUCACUCUCUAUGCAGUGGAUAGCCGUGGCAGUCACUCCGAGUCCAGCUACGUCUCCGUACGUACGUCCUGCCCGAUGGUGGAUGACAGCCGAGCUGAAGAAAUAGCGGACAAAGUGUACAGCUUGUACAACGGCUACACGAGUGGCAAAGAGCAGCAGAUGGCCUACAACACCUUGAUGGAAAUCCCUCCGCCUCUGCUCUACCGAGUCCAGCACCACUACAAUUCCCUCUAUGAGAAGUUCGGAGACUUCGUCUGGCGCAGCGAGGACGAGCUGGGCCCCAGGAAAGCCAACCUGAUCCUCCGGAGGGUGGACAAGAUCAGCCACUACUGCCGCUCCCUCCUGCGUAGCACCCACAUCCAGAGCCGCACCGACACCAUGGCGUACGUCUUCUGCCGCAGCGACGAGGGUCGGCCGCCCGGUGGGGCGUGGCGCGACUCGUUGCACGAAGGACGCACCACCUGCACAGAGAAGCUCAUUUCCAUACAGCGCAACAUGUACAGCAGCACGAAACUGCGAUGAGAAGCGAGAACGGGAGACACGCUGCCAGUCGGGACUCGACAUAAGACUGCAGCAGGUGUCUCUGUGGUAAAAACGAAAAGAAAAAAAAACUGACAGAACGUGGGACUUACUUUUAUUGUGAGACUACACACGAAAACAUCGAGAAGUGUGGAAAAAAAAACAAAAAACGAGAAAGAUGUAAGAUAAUCCUCGACCAAAAGAUAAUGUUUAAAUACUUUGAAUGUAACUUUGUGGUUCUUUUUUUUAUUUGAAGCACCUAAAAGAGCAAAACAAGGUGAUUUCUAGUAAAUGAAACUGCGUCAAAACCAUGCAGAAUACCACUUGCUUGUUUUGGCAAAGAGUACUCAUUUUCCUGCAUUUCUACAGAUCUUGUCGGUUGUUUGCAUUAUUUAAAAAAGUCAAAUUAUAAAAGCUUUAAAAAAAAACAACUGAAAUCACCAAAAUAGGAUUUCUUCUAGUCUAAUUGACGCUGUUACUAAAGAUUGUGGACUUCAAGCAGCUUUCAUAAACAUUUUCUAUGCAGAAGAAAUGUCAAACAGUUCAUUUAAGUCCUCUUAUAAGUUAUCAAUGAUAAUGGUGUCCUGAUCGGUCCAAUAUCUGCUAAAAACAAGGUAUUGUAUCAGCAUAUUUUCCAGAUAAUAAGCCGUUACUUUUUUCCCCAAACGUUGAACCCUACGGCUUAUACAAAGUAGUGGUUAAACAUUAUAUUUUUCUUCGCUAACUGCGUAAUCAUGGAAUGGAUUAAGCAAAGAAAUCAAACAAUGUACUAAAAUGAUCCACUUGAACGAGUCUAUGGAUGUUCUCAUUCAUCCAGGUCAUUGUAUUCUCAGGGCAUUCAAUCGAUCGCAACUGGACUGUUUGGUUUAUCUUAGAAGACGUUUCGCCUCUCAUCAGUUCAUGCUCAUAGACUUGGAUUGGUCAGAUCUAAUCUUAGACUUAGAUCGGUCACAUUGAUGCUCCAAAACCAGGAGGGUGUGCCUGGGCAAGGAUGGUUGCACCCUAUCGUAGUGAGAAAAAUAACGGUUUUGAUGCAAACGAGCAAUCCUACUGUCGAAGCCAACGAAAUUCGUUGGACUUGUAAUUGCCCCUCGUUACCACUGAGGUAUUGUGUGGCAGAAUAAUCGCUAUGGAUCGACUACUACCAGUCUGAAUCCCAAUAGUACCGAUCCCAAUACUACCAAUAGUCUGAAUCCCCCAUGUUAGCAUUCCAUUCAGUUGUAAACAAAUGGCACAAAAGGUGACCAGAAUGGUUCUAACUCCUGUUAUUUGUUGGAGGCUAAAUUGCAGAGUCUUUUAGGAUUGGUUGAAAGGACAGUGUUUUAUAGUUUUUCAUUUUUGACGUAGAUGGCUUCCCUCCCUGCUCUUUCGUACCAUCCGUCGUCCCUGUCCAGAAUCUUUACAUUUUUGUCCUGAAAAUAGUUUUUUCUCACUACAAUAGGGCAGAAUCAUCCUUGCCCAGGCAUACCCUCCUGGUUUUGGAGUAUUAAUAUUUGGAUUUUGGGCACCAGCCGCUAGACCAGUGGUUCUUAACCUGGGUUCGAUUGAACCCUAGGGGUUUGGUGAGUCGGCCUCAGGGGUUCGGCAGAGCCUCCGUCGCGGAGGUCAAGACACACCCGACUCAUCGUGUAAAUAAAAACUUCUCCCUGUCUGCGUAUUAUGGUUACCCCCAAACAAUGUUCCCUCUAAUUGUCCAUAUGCGUGAGCAAACGCAAAAACUCCUUGAGCAUUCGGUGGAGCACAUGUGAGCGACGUCAGACGUGCAAAUGCACUGUGGUCACACCUGGAGCACACCUGUCCCAAACCUGACUAAAUAACAAGUUCAAUGUUUUAUUAUUGUAAUCAAAUGACAGCAGUCAUUUCCAUGUGAUUAUUUUCUAAUAUAAGUGUUUUGGCCCACUUACAAUGAAUAUAACAUAUUGUUUUUCAUGAGCUGUGUACUAGUAUUAUAUGUCUGGGUGGGGGUCCUACUUUGGAAAUAAUGUGUACCCCUUUCAGAUAUCGCAUUUAGUUCCCACCAAAAUAUUCACAUGUUGCACAAUGAGAUGUAAACAUUGUGUACAUUCCUGUAACUUUCCGUUUGUAAAAUAUAUCUUUAUUAGUAUUUCUUUAAUAUAAUAACAUCAUUUUAUGAUUACGGUUCGGGUUCGGUGAAUGCGCAUAUGAAACUGGUGGGGUUCGGUACCUCCAACAAGGUUAAGAACCACUGCGCUAGACUAAAUCUGACCAAUCUAAAUCUGAGACUAGAUCUGACCAAUCUAAGUCUAAGACUAGAUUUUACCAAUCUAAGUCUAAUACUAGAUUUUCAUUACCAUGAAUUGAUUAACAUGGACCCUGACUUAAACAAGUUGAAAAACGUAUUUGGGUGUUACCAUUUAGUGGUCAAUUGUACGGAAUAUGUACCGUACUGUGCAAUCUACUAAUAAAAGUCUCAAUCAAUCAAUUUGACCAAUCUAAGUCUAAGACUAGAUCUGACCAAUCUAAGUCUAAGACUACAUUUGACCAAUCUAAGUCUAAGACUAGAUUUGAACAAUCUAAGUCUAAGACUAGAUUUGACCAAUCUAAGUCUAAGACUAGAUUUGACCAAUCUAAGUCUAAGACUAGAUUUGACCAAUCUAAAUCUAAGACUAGAUCUGACCAACCUAAGUCUAAGACUAGAUUUGACCAAUCUAAGUCUAAUACUAGA